AUGGUCUCUUUUAUUCAUAUUAAUUCUGAUACUGAUGAUACUUUUAAGGAAGCUGAUAAUAGUGAAAAUGAUGGCUCUAUUGAAGAAAUUGCCUACUUUACCAAAAGUUUAACUGCACAACACAUUCAAUUUUCUGCUAUUUCAGUCGAAUAUCCACCUACUGAUCCCGAAGGUUAUGCAAUUAUAUAUAAUUUUAUUGAAAGUGAAAAUUAUUCUCAUGUACAAGAUAAAGAUAAUAAUCAAAUUCAAAAGACAAUGAGAGAUAAAGCCCGAGUUGUAUUUCAUAAUCAAGCACACCUAUCAGCUAACCAAGUAAAUACAUGGAAACAAAAAGAAACAAUUCAAUUAUGUUUUAAUGAAUUAGAAAAUUCAAAAUAUUCAGAUAAUUCAAGCUUUACCUGGCGACUUGCUGUUCUUGAGCAAGUUUUUCCUGAUGAAACUACUAAAAAUAAUAUCGCAUUUGCAAGUGUUUGCAUUGAUGUAAUUUGUGAUGCAAACUAUUCCAGGUAUGAAUUACAACAAAAGUAUAUUAUUCAAAAAAUGAAUUCUUCUCUUAGAGAAAUGGAAUCAAGUGAAUUAGAAAUCGAAUUAAAAGCAAAUGAAGCUAGUACUAGUAAUUUAGAAGGGGAAAAAGAAUAA